AUGUCUCUAACUCCAUUUUUUUCGUUAGUUUCACCACUCGCUGAACAUCCACAUGAUAAAAAUAGCAACUAUAAAGAUUUCUUCUCCGAUUUGAAGCCAUAUUUAGAUGGAAGUAUGCAAGUUUACAACAUGGUGGGUGGGGGUGGGGUGAGCUGCAGUCCUCACGUCGCUCAUCUCCUAGAUAGCGAUGAUGAUGGUGCAGCCCUCGCAUCACUUAUCUCCCUCUUUCGAAGUCUUGAUCAUCACAACAAGCAACAGUCACCACCACCAUCUUCGACUAACCUAGGUUUGGGAUCAACCUGG